AUGCGCAAGAUGUUGCUGGCCGUGCUUUCUCGGGUGCUGCAGGGCCCGGCCGGCGCCGCCGCCGCCGCAGGCAGGACGGGAGCUGUUAGUGAGGCCUCUCGAGUGGUGGUGGCAUCGCGCAACUAUGCAGACUUUGCAAGUGAAGCUACCUUUGAAAUUAAGAAGUGUGACCUCCACCGCCUGGAGGAAGGUCCUGGUACCACGACAGUGCUGACUCGAGAGGAAGGGCUCCACUACUACAAGACAAUGCAGACCAUACGACGCAUGGAGCUGAAGUCUGACCAGCUCUACAAGCAGAAGAUUAUCCGUGGCUUCUGCCACUUAUAUGAUGGUCAAGAGGCUUGCUGCGUGGGGCUGGAAGCUGCCAUAAAGCCUACAGACCAUGUGAUAACAGCUUACAGAGUUCAUGGCUUCACCUAUGCACGAGGAGUGUCUGUGAAGGAAAUCCUUGCUGAACUUACAGGUCGAAAAGGAGGAUGUGUGAAGGGAAAAGGAGGAUCCAUGCACAUGUAUACCAAAAACUUCUAUGGUGGCAAUGGCAUUGUUGGUGCUCAGGUUCCUCUGGGUGCUGGGAUCGCACUGGCCUGUAAAUACUUUGGUAAAAACGAAAUUUGUCUUACCUUGUACGGGGAUGGUGCAGCCAAUCAGGGCCAGAUAUUUGAGACAUACAACAUGGCUGCCUUGUGGAAGCUGCCCUGCGUCUUCAUCUGUGAGAACAAUCGAUAUGGAAUGGGAACAUCAGUUGAAAGAGCUGCAGCCAGCACUGACUACUACAGAAGAGGAGACUUCAUCCCAGGGCUCAGGGUGGAUGGCAUGGACAUUCUCUGCGUUCGAGAAGCAGCCAAGUUUGCAGCUGAGUACUGCAGAUCUGGAAAAGGCCCUAUUCUGAUGGAGUUACAGACAUAUCGUUACCAUGGCCACAGUAUGAGUGACCCUGGAAUAAGCUAUCGUACUAGAGAAGAAAUCCAAGAAGUGAGAAGCAAAAGUGAUCCUAUUACCUUGCUGAAGGACAGGAUGGUCAACAAUAACCUUGCUAGCAUAGAAGAAUUAAAGGAAAUUGACGUGGCAGUAAGGAAGGAGAUCGAGGAAGCUGCUCAGUUUGCUACCACUGACCCAGAGCCACCGCUGGAAGAAUUGGGUAACCACAUCUACUACAAUGAGCCACCCUUUGAGGUGCGUGGCCCCAACCAGUGGAUCAGGUACAAGUCUGUCAGCUAAAGGCCUUUUUCUUGGCAUAACUUAUUCACAAGAAUAAGUGAAUUCUGUUACAGGAACUACAAUGACUCAAAGCCAACCUUUAAGCCUAUUUAAAAGCUCUUUCAAAACUGAAAAAAAAAAUGUGUAGGGAGGUCCAUCUCAGUCUGGACUUCCUUAAACACCUUGAAUGUUGUUUCAGAAGGAGCUAAAUUAAGAAAAAGCAGCAGUUUAUUAUUUAAAUUGCUCCCUUAUUUACUUUUCUGACUUGUUUCGGGGUUGCUCAAUGUGUUCUGUACAGUGUAAACACAAAUAAACUUUGA